UCAUCUGGGGAAAACGUGAGCUUGGCAAAGCGCUUUUCUAAGCGUCUAAAAAUGAGCUUUUCUCUCUCGUCUGUUGCAGGAAAAACAUCCAAAUCUUUCCCUGCAAGUUGAUAGCACACUCGGAGCCAGUCGUGGUGACACGGAGCCCCCCCCCCCAAAAAAAAACUCUGAACCAUUUGACAGCGGACAACUGCUGGGAGAAGACAGCGCCAUGACGACGCUGCUGGACCUGAAGAGUAGCGUCCUGCGCCAGGUGCAGAGGAGCCAGUCUCUGAGGAGCCGCAGGGAGCCGCCGCCCACUGCCGGAAGCCCCCUCACCCACUGUCCCGAACCCUUAGCCCGCAGGAUCUCGGAGGAGAGCACGGAAUUCUUUGAGCGUAUGAGCGCCAUUCUGCAGAAACAGGACAACAUGCUGCAGGCCGCCCAGGCCGAGAGCCAAAGGGGAGCCUGCACGGUGCCGCCACCACAGGAGCACGUGGACCAGGCUUUUAUCCCAGACAGAAUCAGCAGGACGGAGCUGGACCUUCUGUAUGAGGAGGCUGUGUACACGGUGGUCAACCGAGUGGGCGUGCCAUCUCCAGAACAUGUGACCAGCGACGAGGAUUUGUUUGCGUACCUUCUUAAGGUGUUUGAUAUGGGCGAGGAGGAGCACGACAUCAUACUUCAGAAAGUCCAGGAAUCCAAGAGAGCCACCUUCUCCUUGAGGGUCUCCGUCCUGAAAGCCAAGAAUCUGCUGGCAAAGGAUGCCAACGGCUACAGCGACCCCUACUGCAUGCUGGGUAUCCUGGUGGGCCAGAGCCCACGGGACCCCGAGGAGAAAAAGGAAAGGAAAUUCAGCUUCAGGAAGAGGAAAGACAAGCUGGAGAAACGCUCCAGCACCAAGGAGGCCUUGCCGGCCAGAUGCAUCCAGGUGACCGAGGUCAAGCCGGAGACUCUGAACCCGGUCUGGGACGAACACUUUGUCUUUGAAGUGGAUGAUGUUCACAGUGAUCUGCUGCAUUUGGAUAUUUGGGAUCACGAUGACGACGUUUCGGUGGCUGAGGCCUGCAAAAAGCUCAAUGAAGUCAGCGGUCUCCGAGGCAUGGGAAGGUAUUUUAAGCAGAUAGCAAAGUCGGUGCGUGCCAACGGCUCGUCCUCGUCCGGCUCCGAGGAGAACGCCGAUGACUUCCUGGGAUGCAUUAACAUCUUUCUCAAUGAGAUCCCCGUCGGUGGCUUUGACACCUGGUUCAAGCUGGAGCCUCGGUCCAGCGCAUCCAAAGUGCAAGGAGAAUGUCACCUGAUACUGAAGCUGUUCACCAGCCAGAGAGACACGGCGCUGUCGAAGAGGGAAUCCAACGUGUCCAUCCACAAGAAACUGCUGAGUCAGAUUGUUGAGCACGAGCACGCUCAUGUCAAGCGUGAGCCGUACAACUGGAACGGGCAAGUCAGCCCCCCGGCGUGGACGGUCCUGACUCACCACGCCAUGCAGACGGAUCUCACCCGUCUCCAACAGGCCAUCAUCCGCUGGCAGUGCUACAGCGGCCAUCAUCGAACCCAGCGUGUGUGCUACUCCCUCCUGCUGCGCCUCCUGAGGGCCAUCGAUGCAGAGUGGGACCCUCCUUCUGUGAGGGGAGACCUGGAGAGGCAGCUGUCGGACAGUUUCAGGCUCUACACGGAGCACUGCUUGUGUCUGAUGAAGAACAUGAGGCAGGUUUUUCCUUGCACCAGCGCCGCCGCCAUCACGCGCUACGAGCUCAUGCUGAGGGGGAUCGGCUACAUUCAGAACAUGCGAGCGUUUAAGACGGUUUGUCCUCUUCGGAACGAACUACACUUGGACAUCAUCUCCGCUGUGAAGAAAGGAACCUCCGAGUGGUACGAGGGCCUCAUUGCGCAACACAAACCAGAGGACGGGUCUCUGGAGGAGCAGCUGAAGAAGCUGGUACUGGUGGUGGACGCCGUGUGCACAGACGUGCAGAGUGGCCAGAACAUUUACAAUAAACUCUUCUACAGUGCAGUCAAAGUGGAUUUCUUCAGCGUGUCCUACAGACUGCUGGAGAAACUGGUGGCAGAUGACGUCAACGUGGCCAUGGAGAGGCUUUGCGGCACCCUGGAGCAGGAGAGUUCCAGACUGAGCCAGACCAUGGGCGAGACCGUCUUUGAGCUCUUCAUGUCCUUGAAAAGCCUCAAAAGCUUCCGGGAGUUUCUCCCUCUCAAAGAUGCAAAGAUGCUAGCCUUAACCGGCUUCCAUAACUGGUUCAAGUCGUCCAUUCACAAGUUCCUGCAGAUCAUCCAUGACAGGUCAUGUGACAGGAUCUGCAAAGCAGUGGAAAGCGACAAGAUAGAGGCGGUGCACCAGGUGAGACACAGCUCCUCGGCUCUGGAGGUGACUUCCUGUUUCAGACAGGUCAGAGACAUCUGGCUCCAGCUGGCCUGGCCGGACUCUGCGGGCGCCUUCAUCUUCGUCACACGCUUGACCGACAACUUUUGCAGCGAGGCCGUGUGCUACUCGGAGAUGCUGACACGCAAGAUUGAGAGGAACCAGCUGGGCCGAGACCACAAGAGCUUCAUAGUGCAGCUCUGCGUCGCUUUGAACAACGUGGAGCACGUUCGGGUAUGCCUGGGUCACCUGCCCCGCGACCUGGACUGGUCGGGUGUGGAGCGCGCCAUGGAGGAGUCGUGCGGAGCAGAGGGCAAGGAGCAAGUCUACAAGGCCCUCAACGGGCAGCUCUUCAACAUGGACUUGGACCUGCAGAGGGAGGCCAAGCGCCUCAUCGCGCUGCUCACUGACAAGAUGCUGCCUGAGCUGCGACGCUACAUCCAACACAUCAGCUUGUCUCCUGACUCCAUCAACAACGAUGACGCUGUGGCCCCCCUUAUGAAGUACCUCCAGGAUACGGUGGUCGUCCUUACUGACACGCUGGUGAAAGACAACCUGGCUCGGGUUCUGCAGAGCCUAUGGGAGCUGCUGCUGCGCAUGAUCUUGGACUCGGUGACUGAAAACAGGGGCGUUCAGGUGGAGUUCUACAACCGCUUCCAGUACACAGUGGAGACUUUGUUGCAGUUCCUCCACGACAAAGGAAACGGUUUAUCCCUGGAAGACAUGAAGAGCGGAGACUACAAGGCCCUGGAGGAGGAGCUGAAGCUGAACAAAUGUUCCUCCUUUGAGCUGAUCGAACAAUACUACCUGGAGAAGAUUUCCCUGCAGAAAACCCUCAAACACACACGCUUCGGUCGCAUCAGCGUCAAGUGCUACUACGACGCUCCCGAGCAGAGGUUAACGGUGGAGAUCCUGCACGCCGCCGACAUCAUGGCGCUGGAUGCUAACGGCCUGAGCGACCCCUUUGUGAUCGUGGAACUGUGUCCACACCACCUCUUCCCGCUGGCCAAGAGCCAACGCACGCAAGUGAAACUGAAGACGCUCCACCCCGUCUUUGACGAGCUCUUCUACUUCCAUGUGAGUCCCGAGCAGUACCGACACAGAUUCGCCUGUUUGACCUUCACUGUGAUGGACUACGACUGGCUCUCCACCAACGACUUCGCCGGCGAGGCCGUGGCCCCCCUCAGCGACUUCUGUUGGCCGGGGAGGCCCAACGCCACGCCGGCCGGAAAGAGCGUGCAGCCCUUCAUCCUCCAUCUGUCUCGCAGCAAACCCAGCGAGAAACCCAUCAUGGGGCUGCUGGACGCUCGCGUCGGCGACAGGGAGGCUCAGGAGUUUGUCCGCAGGCUGAAGGAAAUUGAGAAGUCCAUGGAGGAGGAGUGAACGCCCCGCCGGCCGCCAUGUUAUCGAUGUUCUCUGACCGCUUGUUGCCACCUGUGCUCUUGUUCCGGUACUAUGUUUACAAUUUUUUUGUUUUUUUUAAUUGACUUCUUUUUUUAGACGAUCGUCAUUGUUUGUUGAUACCAAAACGACAAGUUAAGAGGAAGUCCCGUCCCUGUGCAGCCCUCCGCGCUAUUUUAGUAAUCGUCUCCUCUUCUAAUAUGUGACCGGUCUAUUUUUUUGUAACGUUAUCUUUGGCGUAUAUUUGAUAUGAUAGAGUUUCCCGACUAUUUUGUGGAAGUAGCAUUCAGUCCGAGUCUCCGAUCUUUACCUCAGUGUGUUUGUUUGAGGCCGAGGUGGCUUCGACGCUCGCGUUUACACGGCUGUGAAAGGAAUGGGAUCGGCGUGGGAGGGGCACACCGCCCGCCGCAAGCUCAGGUCGCUAAACGAUCAUCAGAGGGAUGGGGGAAGGACCAAAUCUUACAUCGCCAUCAUGCAUUUGUAGCUGUUAUAUUACCGUAUACUGUAUUAAUACAUUAACAGCCAAUUCAUACAUUAAUUAACAAAAAAAACACUUAUUAUAGUUAUUUUUAUUUAUUUUAAGCAGAGGUGUCCAAACUUUUUCCACCAAGGGUUGCAGCAGAAAAAUAAAAGGAUGCAGGGGAAGUACUUUAGUAUUUUUAUGUGAAUUUUUUAUUUUAUAAAAAGGCUUAAAAAAAUCUAUUUACAUAAAUUUAAAGUCAAAGCUUGGUGUUGGUGUUAAUGUCAGCUAUUUUUCCCUUGACAUUGUGCAAGUUAUUUUAGUGUUUGAUUUAAUUUGUGUGAAUGGUGAACAAGUCACCGGCCGCAAAAAGCCCCUGGGCCGCACCUUGGACACCCCUGAUUUAAAAUAAGUAUGAUUUUUUUUUAAAUAAUUGGUGUACUUUAUUGAAAAGUAACUAAAAAUAAUUAAUGACACAGCUGUGUCACAACGUAAUAUGGACAACAUAAUGCAUUUUUUUUAAAUGAAAAUGAUUAUUCUAAAAUUAUCCAAAUAAUAUGAAUAAAUUCAACAUUUUCUUUAAAAAAUAUUUAUUUAUUUAUUUAUUUAUUAUUACAUCGAAAUUCUGAUCUAAUCAGUUGUUUUGUAGCAUUACUAUAUUUUCAGUGUAGCAUAUUAUAUUUCAUUUAUUAUUAUUAUUAUUGUUAUUUUUAAGCCCGGUUUUAACAUCAUUCUAGCAUUUAAGGCUAAUUUACGCGUGUACCACAAACCUACUUUAUCCCUUUUACUUGAACUUUUUGAACCUUUUACUUUUUACUUUCAUUAUUGGCGAUGUAUAUAUAAAUAUAUAUACUGUCACACGUUGCUUGUUUAUAUUUGUGAUUAUGCAAACGGGACUUUUGUUACAUGUAAAAGUAUGACAAAGAUAUUUAUUUAUGGUGUAUUUUCCGUGUGCGGUGGUGUGUGUUGAAACGACGGUUCGUGGCUUACGUGAAAAAAGGGAAGGAAUAUACCAACUGCAGGUAACGAGCUCAUGUAGCAUUCCGAAUGAAGCGAUAACAGAAGCCAUGUUGUAACAUGGCGCAGUCAUCACAACACAGCGUUCACACCUUUAAAGCGCAUGCAGAGUCGUGAGGAUCAGGAGGUUGCCUACAACCGCAGAUGAUUUUUCAGACUUCUUGGAGACCCUGGUGGUUUGAAGGCUGCUAUGAAUAGAGAAUAGAGGCAUUAAUUAGAGUCUUAUUUAGUAGGAUUGCACACAUUCAAAAGUAGUCAGUGAUUAGUCCAAAAAUAUGAAAUAGAUUUAUGAAAAUAUUUAGUUUGAUUUCAAAGAAUUUUAAUAUUGUCUGAUGGACCCUAAGAAUGUUGAGGAAAAAAAGAGUUGUAUAUUUAAGAGAAAAUGUUGUAAACGUACAAAAAAAAGUUGUAAAUGUACAAGAAUAAGGUCGGAAAUUUACAAGAAAAAGUCGUAAAUGUGUGAGAAAAAAAUUGUAGAUUUACAACGUUUUUCCUCGUAAAUUUACGAGAAAGUCAUAGAUUUAUGUCAUUUUUCCGAAAAGUAUUACUAUCUUUGGCUAAGGCCAGAGGUCACAUAAGUCACACCUUUUCACAGAUUUCGAGAAUAAAGUCGUAAAUGUACAAGAAUAAAAUCAUAAAUUUCCGAGAAUAAAGUCAUAAAUGUUCAAGAAUGAAGUCGUAAAUUUCCGAGAAUAAAGUCAUAAAUGUACGAGAAUGAAGUCGUAAAUUUCCGAGAAUAAAGGUCAUAACUGUUCUAGAAUAAAGUCGUAAAUUUCCGAGAAUAAAGUCGUAAAUGUACGAGAAUAAAGUCGUAAAUUUCCGAGAAUAAAGUAAUACAUUUCCGAGAAUAAACUCAUAAAUGUAUGAGAAUGAAGUCGUAAAUUUCUGAGAAUUAAGUCGUAAAUUUCUGAGAAUUAAGUCGUAAUGAAGUCGUAAAUUUCUGAGAAUAAAGUCAUAAAUUUCUAUGAAUCAAGUCAUAAAUGUAUGAGAAUUAAGUCGUAAAUUUCUGAGAAUUAAGUCGUAAAUUUCUGAGAAUAAAGUCGUAAAUUUCUGAGAAUAAAGUCAUAAAUUUCCAAGAAUAAAGUCAUAAAUUUCCGAGAAUAAAUUUGUAAAUGUACGAGAAUAAAGUCGUACACUUCCGAGAAUAAAGUCAUAAAUGUAUGAGAAUAAAGUCGUAAAUUUCCGAGAAUAAAGUCGUAAAUGUACGAGAAUGAAUUCGUAAAUUUCCGAGAAUAAAAUUGUAAAUUUCCAAGAAUAAAGUUGUAAAUGUACGAGAAUGAAGUCAUACAUUUCCUAGAAUAAAGUCUUAAAUUUCCGAGAAUAAAGUCGUAAAUGUCCGAGAAUGAAGUCGUAUGCCACCUUUGGCCUUUUUUCCAAUGUGGCCCCAAUACCCACUUAGCAUUGUUAGCAUUUAGAAGGGGAUGUGCAAUGAUGAUGACCAUAAAAAAACGACGUAGCAGGUAAAGUAAAAAAAUGGCAUUAGAUGGUGAUGUAACGUUUGCAGUCGUGUUGUGUAAUUCGUCAAUGGAGGGAACCUUUUUAGUCCAUUUGGGUUAAACACAACACCAGUUAUUUGUUGCACACGAUACCCGGUAACGGUGAAAUGUACCUGAAAGCGUUUAAAAAAAAAACAAAAAACAAAGUUGUUUAUUGUUGCGGUAAAUUCUUUGUGCUUGGACAUGUACACGCUUGUGUUGCUGUUUAAUUAUUACAUCAUGACUGGGAUCUAUCUGGCCUUGAAAUAAAGUGUUUACAUUUCAAUGAGAAAUAAAAACGUUACACGUUGCAGCGUGGACUGUCUUGAUGGGAAAAAAAAAAAAAACAAUCACAGACAUUAGACACUUCCUGGGGGGGAAGACACAGGACACGACA